AUGGACUCUGCGGAUUUAUUGAAACAUCUUGAGAGCGAAAUUCUCUUCAAGAAAGCCAUCGACUCUAUGGAUCUAUUGAGACAUCUUGAGAAGAAAAUACCCUUCAAGGUGGUCGUGGGCCCUGAUAAGGAAAUUACCUUCAAGGUAACCAUGGGAUCUGUUGGUCUAUUGAGGUAUCUUGAGAAGGAAAUUCCCUUCAAGGUAUCGAAAGGAGUUGGGAAUCUAUUGAAGCAUCUUGAGAAGGAAAUUCCAUUCAAGGCGUCCGCGGUCUCUAUGGAUCCAUUGAGGCAUCUUGAGAAGGAAAUUGCCUUCAAGAUGACCAUGGGCUCUGAGGAUCUAUUAAGGCAUCUUGAGAAGGAAAUUCCCUUCAAGGUAUCCAUGGGCUCUAUGGAUCUAUUGAGGCAUCUUGAGAAGGAAAUUUCCUUUCAGGGAUCCAUAAUCGAGAAGGUGAUUCCCUUCAAGAUAUCCAUGGGCUCUGGGGAUCUAUUGAGGCAUCUUGAGAAGGAAAUUGCCUUCAAGAUGAUCAUGGAUUCUGGGGAUCCAUUGAGGUAUCUUGAGAAAUAA